AUGCCCCUUAUGUAUAUGAAAGAAAACCAAGGAGAGGCAGAGGCAGAAGAAAAGCAGACACCAGCGGACGCCGUAAAGCUCAACGAAGCACCCAGCAAGCUACAACGACCAAGGAUCAACAAGGCAUGCACAUUAAGGCAAAUUGAAGCUCCACCUGUGUCACAGAACAUACUGGCUCAAUUCUUUGGACCAAUGUUGCAAAAUGUUGUAAAAGGUUCUAGCAGUGAAAGCGAGCAUGAAGAUGAAGAAGACGAAGAAGACGAAGAAGAGUACUCCAUUGCCAGUCAGUCCGAGGAAGAAACCCCGUCGAGUAAUGCGGGACGGAGACACAAGUCAAUUUCUGCCAAUGCUGGAGCUGCCUCAGCUGCAGAUUCGGAUUCCAGAGCCUCUGUGUCUAAACCGCUAACCAAGCAAGCAGUGGAUGAUGAAGAUUCUGUGACAGAGCCAGACUCUCAGGCAGAAGACGGAUUAGAUUCUUCCUUCUCCUCUCUGAAGGAGUCGGGAAAUGGGAAUCAACCACAGGAACUGAUAGCUUCGACGGGUUCUGACACAGAAUCGGAUGACGAUUUCGAACUUGACGAUCCUUUUUUAUUGGAACCACGUCCGUCUUUCUCGAGAGACAGUUCUCAGGUACUUGCUCCUUAUGUGCUGGAUGCAGAAAAGGACAUCAAGAUCCCUGCACAUAUCAAUGUCUUCCUCCGCGAGUAUCAGCGAGAAGGAGUACAAUUCCUCUACGAUCGUUACAAGGAAGGGAGGGGAGGUGUACUCGGAGAUGAUAUGGGCUUGGGCAAAACGAUCCAAGUGAUCUCAUUCUUGACAGCCAUCAUGGACAAAUACAAUGACAGACGAGACGUCCACAGGCGCCGGAAACACGUAUCACGCCUUCAAGAUGGUCAAGAAUGGCGGGAACACCGACGUUUGCCACCCGCUAAUGCAACUUGGCCAACAUGUUUGAUUAUUGCGCCGAGUUCAGUCACACAUAAUUGGCAACGUGAAUUUGGAACGUGGGGUUACUUCGAGAUCGGGAUGUACAACGGUCCUCCAGAGCAGCGCAGGGAGGCGCUCAGGGAUUUCACGUUGGGUAGACUUGACGUCUUGAUAGCUUCGUUUGAUACUGCUCGCGGGGAUAUCGACCUUCUUUCCUAUCUUCCUUGGUCGGUAAUCUUCGUCGACGAGGCGCAUAAGCUAAAGAACCCAGCCUCGAAAAUCACUUUAGCAUUCAACCAGUUCACAUGCGAAGCCCGAUUCGGCCUUACCGGGACUGCGAUCCAGAAUGCGUACGAUGAAAUGUGGACGCUUCUUGACUGGUCAAACCGAGGCAGAUUAGGGUCUCUGAAAGACUGGCGAGCCGCUGUUUCAAGACCACUGGCGGUUGGACAAAGUGCGAGUGCUAGUGAGGCGGAGAGGACCGUUGCGAAAGCCGUUGCGCAUAUCCUUGUAACGAAACUAUUACCGAAUUUCUUUUUGCGGCGAACGAAGGACUUAAUUCGCAACCAGCUUCCUCAAAAAAUCGACGAAGUAGUCUUCUGUCCUCUUACCCCACAGCAAAUCACCGUUUACAAGCGCAUUCUGGCCCAUCGCGAAAAGCGAAUGAAAGCCAACAGUACCUCUCCUCUUCCUGAUACUGUACCAUGCGACUGUGGUUCUGGUUUACCACGCGGAAAAUGCUGCCAUGUCAUGGAAUCUGUACAUUUCUUUACAUAUCUUACGAUCUUACUCAAGAUAUCAAACCAUCUUGCCUUGAUCCUUCCAUCUCCCAACGAUACGGAAGAACAGACAAAACGAAAUCGUGAAAUCUCCAGGAUCGCCUUUCAGAGUGACACUAUUCCAAAAUAUGGGCCAGCGAUAUUACUUCCGCAAUUUUGCGGGAAGUGGGACGUUCUCAAUCUCCUACUCAAGGAAUGGCAGAAAGACCGUACAAACAAAGUCUUGAUUUUUACGAAAUCUGUCAAGCUUUUGGAUAUGUUAGAUUAUCAUCUAAAUAGUAACAGUUAUAGCUUCUGUAGGCUAGAUGGGUCAACAAAGCAGAAUGAACGGAUGCCUUUGAUCGACAAAUUUAAUAACGAUCCUGAGAUUUUCAUUUUCUUGAUUUCAACGUUGGCUGGUGGGACUGGACUGAACUUGACGAGUGCGAAUAAAGUCGUAAUCUUUGAUCCAAACUGGAAUCCGGCUCAUGACCUCCAGGCUAUGGAUCGCGCGUAUCGAUUUGGACAAACUCGCGACGUCUAUGUGUAUCGCCUUCUCGGUGCAGGGUCUAUCGAGGAACUCAUUUACGCGAGACAAGUGUAUAAACAACAGAUGAUGAAGAUUGGGUAUGAAGCAAGUCAUCAGACGAGAUAUUUUGAGGGAGUACAGGGUGACACGAAACGACGAGGCGAGUUAUUCGGCGCAGACAACUUAUUUAGGUUGCAUGAAAAUACGUUGGCAACAAAGAUGGCUAUUGAGAGGGCUCAUCUGGCAGAGUUUGACUGGGCUCUCGCGCACAUGGAAGGUAACAAGAAAGGGAAAGCGAGAGCUUCUCUCGGUGACUCGAAGGAGGCUCUGGAAGCCGAGGCAAGGAAUCAAGGUCACGAGGAUGCUGACCUACGAGGUCUCGCGACUCUACUAUUUGACGACGGUGUACCUGCCGAGGAGAGAGGUGAAAGGAUCAACGAGAUCCAACGAAUCCUAGCAGCGGGUAGUAUUAAAUACACUCACCAGAAUGAGGACCUAUUACGACCAAGUCGGGUUGAGGAAGUGUCCUUGGCUGAAUCUUUAAAGAAACUCCGAAAACGCAAAGCAGCCGAAGACUCCUCCCGAGAACGUGGUAGCAGUAGUCAACAACGUCGUCAAUCGACCUCCCGACGGAGAGGCAAUCACAAUUCACCAUCGCCGCCCGUACCGGAGUGGCCUCCGAGAAGAAGUCAUCACCAACAGCCUUUGUCGCCUAGAUCGAAGUACGUCCUCGCUCUCUACCUCUUUUCAUCUGGUGUGAAACUUCGAUCAAGACAGAAAGCGCUCAUCGAAACUGGGUUGAUCGGGAGUGCGAAAGAGUUGCCUGCGUUUGCUACGAAAUUUGGUGCUAUGACCUCGGAAGAACAAUCCGCCGUACUUGAAAAGCUCGACAGACAUGCGAGGGGGAGGGGUAAAUAA